UUUAUUGCUACUAUAUACCUNUCACAUACAUACAUAUAUCUGAAUAGUAACAAGCACAAAUAUCCUGAUUCGUAACAUUUUAUGUCGAUGACUAUGAUCGCGAAAUUGUGUAGUCGAUACCAUACGGCUCGAUUUUUUUCUUCGAAUGGUCGACAAAUCCGUACGACUCAAAGCUUGGGAUAUGGCUCGUUCGGCAACACACAUAAAAGAAAUUUUUCUUUCUAUGGCAAAGGUCAACAAGGUCCUCCAUUGCCUUCUCAACCUCCAUCUUCUUCAUUGAGAUGGAUAUUAGGAACAAUGCUAGCAAUUACUUUACCCUUCGCUGGCAACAAAGGGGGCCCGCUACUCGAAUUUAAACGGGACGUUGAUUCAAUGGUCGAGACAGCAGAAGAAAUAGUCGAAUUAGUCGAAAAAGUGGCGGAGGUGGUGGACAAGGUGGCGGAGAACGUGUCGGAAGGGCUGCCGGAGGCCGGAAAACUAAGGAAAGUGGUGGAUAUUGUGGAGCAUGUGGCCGAAAAAACAGCCAAAGAUGCUCAAAUGAUUGGAAAUGCUAUUGACAAGUUUCAAGAAGUGGAGGAAAAGGUGGAAAACGNAAUCAUAUGUGAAUAAAGAAACAACAUAUAUUAUAUUGUAGUUAUGUGUAAAUAAAUAAGUAGAGAAAAAAUAUAUAUCACAAUUAUAUAUACCCAUGUAGUAGUGAUAUUUAGUUGUUUCUUUGUAUUAAUGUAUAUUUGGUCUAAUAUAUUUGAAUAGUGGGCUUUGAGUU